UAGCGGGCGCUGUCACACAACAACACACGUGAGUUUUGUUAGUUCCGUGAUCGAGACUCCGACUCAGACACAGGAAUACAAUGAGUGACUCGGAUGAUGAGGUUCCACAGCUCUCUGCAGAAACAAUGGCUGCUCUGCAAGAGUUUUACAGCAGCCAAGCUAAGACUCAGUCAUCGGAAUCAGAAUCACAAGGAAGUAAUAUCAGUGAAAACUGGAAUUUAUCCCAAUUUUGGUACGAUGAAGUUACUAGUGACAUCUUGGCUAAGGAGGCCCUCGAAGUAGCUGGUGAGAGUGGAAGAAUUGCAUGUGUGUCUUCACCAACACUGUAUCAGAAACUACAGCAGGUUAAGCCCCCAUCUUGUACAACGAUUCUGUUAGAGUUUGAUAAGCGAUUCUCAGUCUAUGGAGACGACUUUGUUUUCUAUGACUACAAUGCACCGUUAGAAUUAUCCAAUCUCCAGCAGCAUUCAUUUGAUGUUGUUAUUGCUGACCCUCCAUACCUGGCUGAGGAGUGUCUGAAGAAAACAGCACAGACUAUCAAGUACUUGACCAAAGGAAAAAUCAUCUUAUGCACAGGUGCUGUGAUGCUAGAGAUAGCUCAAGAUCUACUUGGUGUAACUGUAUGCCCUUUCAUUCCACAUCACACAAGAAAUCUAGCCAACGAAUUCCGCUGUUAUGCAAACUUCCAGACACAUUUUCUUAACACAGACAACAGAUGACCACUGUUCAGUUUUUAGUUUUUAAUUUGUUACGCUAAAAAACAUGAUGCUGCUUUAUUCAAAGCAUAACUGUUAAACCUUUAACUAUCUAUUUACAUGUUUGGCAUAUCAGGAAAUCAGGAAUGGUGCCAAUGGUUUAACAACACAGUAUUACUUGUUUAUUGAUAGUUUCUGUCUUUAAAUCGCUACUCAUUGGUUUAUCGAUUAUUUUAAACAUCAAAGUAUUUCAUUAAAUUUAUUAAAUUAAUGGCACACUUAGAUAGCUUUUAAUGCUACAUAAACUUUAAUAUAAACUAUAGUUAGUCUGAAAACCUAAGUUUUGUUUUGUUAAAACUUUUGACAAUAAUAUGUCUGUCUGAAAUACUCACAAAUUAGCUUUGAUUUGACUUGCUAGACCAACGUAAACACACACAAUACAUGUCAUUGCUGCACAUAAUAGUUCUGGGGAACUUAAGUCUAGACAAGUUAAUUAAAAAGUUUGUUUUGUUUUACGUUAAUUGAAAGCUAAUGAACAGGGGCAAAUAUGUUUAUGGAUUGUUUUUUAUUUUUGCUGUGAAGCAACAUUAUCACAAUACUAGCCAAAGACUCCAAAUGAAACUCCUAAGGAGUCAAAUGAUUUGUAAUAAUCUAUAUGAUUAUCUUCUUGAAAUUUCAUAAGCCUCGCCCCAAAUUUCUGUUCAUUUUAUUUUAUUUUCCAAAAAAACUAGUUGGAUUUGAAGGUACUUAGGUACUUAUAGAUUUUACUAAUCUAAAAAUAAAAUAAAAUGUAUAGACUUUUUAAAAGAUUAUACGGUAGUGGUCUGAAUUCCACCUUAAAACUAAUAAUAAAGUGAUAAAUAAUUAA